AUGCCGGUUGACACUGGUGCCAUGCGGUCAGUGUUCCCUUUGUCUGCAGAGGAUCGCAGCUGUGCCCCCGAUGACCCAACUGCCCUCGUAGCUGGCAAUGGGACGCCUAUCCGUACUUAUGACACCAGGGCCCUGUCCAUCGCGUCCCUGGGCCGGAACUACACCUGGCCCUUGAUCCUCGCCAACAUACAGACCCCUUUCCUUGGGGCAGAUUUCCUCACCCACCACGCCCUCUUGGUGGAUGUGGCCUGCCAGUGCCUUCUUGAUACCAAGACCUGCCUCUACCUCCCACUUGCCAGAGGACCAAGGGUGCCCACCAUCUGCUCCAUCCUUCCGCACCACAGGUACGCCUCCCUUCUUCAGGAGUUUCCGGAUGUCUUCCGUCCCGAGCUUCGCCAGGUGGCUGGAGCCACGCCCAUGCACAGUGUCUUCCACCAUAUUGAGACCAAGGGCCCCCCGACACACGCCAAGUUCCGCCGCCUCCCACCAAACCUCCUCCAGAAAGCCAAGACCGCAUUCAAAGAAACAGAGAAGAUGGGGAGCUGUACAAAAGCAGAGAGUACGUGGGCGUCCUCCCUCCACAUGGUGAAGAAGGCAGACGGUACAUGGAGGCCCUGCGGUGACUACUGGUGCCUAAAUCUCAUUACCACGCCCUACAGCUACCCCUUGCCAAACAUGCAGGACCUCCAAAAUUGA